GAAGUGGUCACGGUUUUUAACUAUUAAGAUUUCAUUUAUGGGGGCUGCUGUAUAUUCGAUUUAGUUUGCAGUGAAAUGAAGGUCCAAAGGGGUUUCUUUGCACUAGCUCUGCCUUACUUCGCAUGGGGCGCAACUUACGCCACAGGUCCAGUUUAUCAGACUGUUUGCAGGCAAACAGGCGGCUCAAUAACUUGUUAUCAAAACAACACUUGGAGCUACAACGAGCGUACUCAUAAAUGCUAUCGUGUUCAACAGAAUAAGGAGCCAUGCGGUUUCUUCGAUGGCGAAAAGGGAUGCAAGGACUUCUGCGGAUAAAUCAGAAUGAGCAGUCCCAAUCUAAUAUAUGUAUUCACUUAAAUUUGUAUACAUCUGCUAACUGUUGUCGAUUGUAAUCUAUACCCAUAGAAAUUACAUUUUCAAUGGUUAUCAUA